CCGGUAGUCACGUGACGGCCCGUCGUGCUCGUCUGUCCUGAGUCGCCCUCGUUAGCACCGGGACUGUUAGCAUCCACAGCGGCACCAUGUUCCGAGCCGUGUUCCGUCUGUCAGCCGCGGGGAGCCGGACUGUGGCUCGGUCACGACCCUGCUACUCAGCCCCACUGGCCUCCAGAUGUUACUCCCAUGCUAAGGUGGAAACAGACGAGGAGUUUGAUGCCCGUUGGAUCACUUACUUCAGCAAACCCGACAUAGAUGCCUGGGAACUGAGGAAAGGCAUGAACACCCUGAUUGGGUAUGACCUGGUGCCUGAGCCCAAAGUCUUGGAUUCGGCACUGCGAGCUUGUCGAAGACUGAAUGACCUGGCCAGUGCCGUCCGCAUCCUUGAGGCUGUCAAGGACAAAGCAGGCCCCUGCAAAGACAUCUAUCCCUACCUGAUCCAGGAGCUCAAGCCCACCCUGGCAGAACUCGGCAUCUCAACACCAGAAGAGCUGGGCAUUGAUAAGUUAUAGACUGUCAAGGUCAUUUGAUGUAUAAAGAGAUCCUGAUUCUCUCCUGUCAAAAAUGUCUAUAUUGUUGAUUAAAUCCAUGCUGUCCUGUUGUGUACAAAAUGGUGGACCUAAUAAAGAAAACCAAUAAUUCUA